AUGAGCCGCGGCGAGAUCCAGCGCCCACCUCUCGUCAUCGUCGCAAACACCAUCAUCUUCAUAUACUCGACCGUCGUCAUUACCCUCCUCGGCACACACGCCGCUCCUCCUUCGGGUCUCAAUUGCAGCCUACACGAGCGCUGGCAGAAGCUGUUCCAUAACAAGGACAGGGAUGCGAUUAAGACAAUCCAAGAUGCCUUCAAUUGCUGUGGUUUCGCAAAUUCACAUGAUAUGGCCUGGCCGUUUCCAGACAAGACGCAUAGCAUACACGCCUGCGAGACUACCUUCAACAGGAAUCGCGGUUGUUCCGAUGCAUGGAAGGCCGAAGAGCAGCAAACUGCGGGUUUAUUGAUUGUUGUAGUCGGUCUGGUCUUUAUUUGGCAGUUUGCAAUUAUUGCCAUCCCCACCCAUAAGGAAUCUUGGCUCCACAAACUCGCACCAGACCGCAUCUCACGUAUGAUUGCCGACGAGCGGCACGGCGACACAGCGCCGCGAAGUGCCAUCGACUACGUUCCCGGCUACAAUCGUUACUCUGAUCGCAUCGAAGAGGACGAAGAAGAACAUGUCGAGAACACCCGCACCGGACGCAUCGAAGAGGGCAACCGCGAGCUCAACAAUGCUUUGCCAGGAAAUGUUCUGGGUGGCCAGGAGACUGGUGUUGAGAAUGAGUGGGCCAGGAACUGA